UUGAAAUGAGGAUGCAUGGGUUGUGGCGCCAAAUCUAGUGAGUCCGUUACGAGCGGGUUGGAGGUUGCUCUGCAAAAAUGGUCAGACUACUUAGUAUCCAUCAAAUGGGGUCAACUAUGAGAUCCGUUUCGAGAGGAAUGUCAGUUUCUGCUCAUCGCCUUAAGGCUGAUGUUGUUGUCAUUGGAUCGGGUCCGGGUGGCUAUGUUGCCUCCAUUAAAGCUGCACAAUUGGGUUUGAAGGUUUGUUUGUAAACCGAGAGUGACAUGACCUGAGUUAUAUUUUCCACAGACUGUGUGUGUAGAAAAGAACGACACUUUGGGCGGUACUUGCUUAAAUGUUGGUUGUAUUCCCAGCAAAUCGUUGUUGAAUAAUUCUCAUAUAUAUCAACUCGUCAAUUCCUCAGAGAUGCAACACCGUGGAAUUGAUAUUGAAAGUUUCAAGCUUAACCUACCUGCUAUGUUGAAAGCUAAAGAAAAAGCUGUUUCAAGUUUAACUGGUGGUAUAGCAUACCUAUUUAAGCAAAACAAGGUUGAUCGUGUAAAUGGUUUUGGUUCGAUAGUUAACUCCAACGAAGUUUUGGUCAAAAAAGCUGACGGAAGUGAAGAACGGAUUGAAACUGAACGUAUUCUUAUUGCAACAGGCAGCGAAGUCACUCCAUUCCCUGGGAUUGAAAUCGAUGAACAGUCUGUCGUAUCAAGCACUGGCGCGUUGUCGUUAACCAAGGUCCCUCAACAUCUCAUAGUUAUCGGGGCUGGAGUUAUUGGCGUCGAAUUAGGUUCUGUAUGGAAGCGAUUAGGUGCUGAAGUCACUUGUGUGGAAUUCCUUGGUCAUGUUGGCGGUAUGGGCAUCGAUAUGGAAAUCAGCAAGAACUUCCAGAAAAUCUUGACUAAACAGGGUCUCAAAUUCCUUUUAAAUACUAAAGUUUUAUCAGCGUCAAGAUCUGGUGACACCAUUACAGUACAGUUAGAAGGUGUAAAAGAUGGUAAAUCUCAAAGUAUUAACUGUGACACUCUCUUAGUGUGUAUAGGAAGGCGUCCUUACACCAGUGGCCUUGGUUUAGAAAAUGUUGGAAUCAAAUUGGACGAGAAAGGUCGAAUUCCCGUUAAUAAAAACUUUCAAACAUCUGUCCCAAAUAUUUAUGCUAUCGGUGACUGUAUACCUGGUCCAAUGUUAGCACACAAAGCUGAAGAUGAAGGAAUAAUUUGUGUCGAAGGAAUGCUCGGUGGUGCUGUACACAUUGAUUAUAACUGUGUCCCUAGUGUUAUCUAUACUCAUCCCGAAUGUGCUUGGGUUGGUAAAAAUGAAGAACAAUGCAAAGCAGAAAACAUUCCAUACAAAGUAGGCAAAUUUCCAAUGUCUGCAAAUUCACGAGCUAAAACUAAUGAUGAAACUGAAGGACUGUUCAAGGUUUUAGCCCACAAAGAUACAGACAGACUUCUUGGAGUACACUUACUUGGUCCAUCUGCUGGUGAACUGAUCAACGAAGCAGUAUUAGCUAUGGAGUAUGGCGCUUCAGCUGAAGAUGUUGCACGUGUCUGUCAUGCCCAUCCGACGGUGUCUGAAGCUCUGCGUGAAUCUUGUCUCUCUGCAUUUUGUGGCAAAGCUAUCAAUUUCUCAUAGCAUCCAAAAGGCAAUCAACCUAUCGUAUAUAUAUACGUUAAUAAAACAUGAAAGAAGAUGGUUGUUUUAUUACUAAAUAAUACUCUUCCUACUGAUAAAUUUGAUUUAAUUUCAAAUGGCUUUUAUAUCUUAAAGUCAGGUUAAUAACUACUAUUCUGAGGUGGCUGUUCUCUAAACACCUCAUUCUUUUCUGGUAUUUUUGUUUGUUUACCCCUCUUUGUUUUAACUGAUAGUUUAUUUGAUUAGACUGAUUUUAUUUAGCAUGUAUGUAAAGCACAAUUUUCUUUUAAAGAAAAAUAAAUUAGUUAUUAUUUUGACUAUACCUAAA